AUGAAAGUUGAGCCACGUUCAAUAACAAAGUCUGUUAAAUUUGAUGACAAUUUAAACGAUAAUAUCGAUACGUCUCCUUCUAAUUUAAAACAAACUGAAUCAAUAUGGUCUAUAUUGUUAAAUGAUUCAGAUAAUCGUACAUUAUUUGACGAAAAAUCGGAUAAAGUUGUCAAUCGCUAUUCUCAACAGUUUGCAACUGAAGAUAAUAUAUUCAAUGUACUUUCUCCUAAACGUCUAUAUUCGACGUCAAUUUCUAAUGAUUCAUGUAAAGCAACUCCUACAUUUUCAAAAUGA